CCAACUCCUCCGCUAUUGGCUUCAAGCGCGCUCCUUGUUGUAGCAAAUGUAAGGGAAGCCUUGGGUCCCUCUGGAUCCUUCUGCUCAGCCGGCUAUGACAGAUUGCACAUAUGGUAUUAUCGUUCCACUACAAUUGGCCCCAUGGGUCGGACGCUUGGACAUACAUAUGUCUCUUACUCCCUCAUCUCACAUAUGUGGCUGUCGCAAUCCCCGUACUCAAAUACGGUCGAAGACAUCCUGAGCAGCUCUCCAGACACCGAUUAUACUGCUCACUGGACAUGGCGUUUGUUUCCCCACUUGUGGGAAUCCUGACGGGGACACUUCUGUUAGCCACAUUUAUUUUACAAGCAUGCACAACGUAUGUGUUGUGGCGGAAUUACCGAUCAACAUUGGCCAAUGGAUUCAUAAACACCCCCAUCGCCAUUCGCGCUUCUAUCUUUUCCACCUACGUUCUGAUGGCAUUUGCCCUGAACUGCUUCUCCACAGCCGACCCGACUGCGGUUGCUCCGGCCAUCACUUUGUCCACCGUCCCGCUGGCAGUAUUUUUUAUUUUUGGGACUCAGAAGGAUGUCUUGGACGAGUGGAGACGUCUCGUCCGAGGGUGCAGGUGGUCACGCACUCGUCUCCGGAGUCCAUCAGACUGCCAAAAUCAAGGGAAUGGAAGUAGUUUUCUAGAUGCUUCCUCGUGCCUCCAACAGCCGCUCUCCACACUCCCAUGAUGACACAUGUGCAAAAGCUGAUAGCGACCUCGAAUCGCAACAAAACUAAACAAAGACAGGCUUACAACUCCCCGCCCCUUCCUCUGUUCACAU